AUGGCACUGAAGGGAGAACCGGGCUGGAUAUGCCUCAUGCGUUGCAACGUUGAUAUCUUGUUCCGCGCCCUGGUCUUGCACUGGAACACAUCCAAAGACAACGCCUCCACGCUCCCGACCCCGAACCCAGAUCUCCUUCCCCGAGAUAGCGACAGCAGCAGCAGCAGCAGAAGCAAGCCCUUAAUGCCCGCCCGGCUCGUCCCCCGUUCCCCAAUCGCCGACAUGGAAGCGUGCCACCGUGGCCUGCGAGACCUGAGCCGCAAGUCAAGCAUCACGACGAUGGUCACGGCAAAAGGCGACGACGUGGAGCUGGAGAGGAUGAGUGGCAUGCGGCCGAACGUAGUGACUAUCACCGUAGAGACGAACAUCCAGCAUCGGGAAGCUGGUAUGAGAGACCUGGUGAGGCUGGAGAAAAUAUAUGGCAGUGCCGCCGGCGCUGGAGACCUGGGGCUACAGAAAAUGAGGGCUAUGGCAAGUCGAGACGAGCUAUUCUUGAGGAGGGAGAAGCGCUAG